AUGGCGCCGCCAAAUGGCUCUGCCAAGGGCCGAAAGGCUGUCACCCCUAAGAACAUGCCGAAGCCUGUGGUGCCUGCGUUGCCUUUGAAGCGGAAACCGGCGCCGGUCACCGUUGCCACCAAGGACGAUGCGGCCACGGCUCCAGGCACCAAGGCAAAUGGUGCUAAUUCGGAGGCGUCUCAAACUAAGCAGGUUGCCAAUGGUGUAGCGCCGGAAACCGUUGCUGGGAAUGCCACCGCUCCCGUGGCUCUCAUUUCGCAGCCAAAGACUGAGUCACUGCCAGGAUCCGAUGGUUCAGCCAACGGAGGGCCCAGCACAAACGGACACGUCACGGUUGUUGCAGAGGCUGUCGAAUCCGAGACCCCGGCUGGGAACAAGUCGACAAUGACGACGACUGACGAGAUCGACUCGGAUAAGAAGCCAAAUGGGGCCACCGUCAGUGGACAGACAGCCGCCGGUGUCUCCCAGGCUGAGUCGACUUCACCUGAGCCGACAUCAGAGCCAGCCACCGACUCCAAUGUUGCGUCCAAGAAUGAGCCAAGGCAGAAGCCAGUCCAACAUCAUGCUGUCAAAGCCGCCAAAGGUCAGCCACCACCGGGCAUCUCGCCUUCUCGUUAUCAGAUGCCCCCUCCAUUUCAGCCCGCCAGUCGACCAUAUGCCGUUGUGAACAAUAAUGACAUCUCGCGUGGCCCGCCUGUUCCUCUACCCAAUGGGCCGGUCCAUAUGCACCAUUCGCACCCCAGCAAUAGUAGCAUUCACUUUGGCGCAUUCCCUGGGUCGCAAAGCCCGUCUCCAGCGCCUCCUCACACCGGAGGUAUGGUCCCUCCACCAGGCAUGACAACGGCUGAUGCUCGUCCCGCAUACAUGGCACCGGCAGGGAGCGGCUUCCCACCGAUGAUGCCGCCGUACGGCGCAGAGAUGAUGCAGCCCGGCCACUUCGACAACUACGGGCGACCAGGGAUGGCGUACGGUCCUUUGGAGACCUUUUCACCAUAUGGCAACAAUUUUGGGCCUUCGACACCCCAUAGCUUCCACGGCUCCCAGUCUUCUGGCCACCCCGAUGACAGCGGCAUGUAUCACCAAUACCCACCCAAUGGAAAUCGCAACGGUGCUACUGGGCCUGGAGAUUCUGAUGGACAUGUUCAUAGCCACCAAGGGAGAAUGUUCGGUCACCCAGAGUAUCUGGGAAUGAUGCCAAGAGGCAGCUUUCCGCAUCAGGGUGCUAUCCUCGAUGACGGCAGUGAUGGAUUCCUCUUCUUCAUUCAACAGCAAUUUGGCAAUGCUGAGCUGGCUGAUUGCACUCUUGAGCUCAGAUACGUUGACGACAGAGCUGCUCCUGUCCGUAUUCCAGGACACCGAUUGAUCUUUGCCCGCAGUGGCCCCCUUGCUGAGCAGGUUAAGAACCAAAUGCAUCAAGUGUCUGACCGGGGUAUGCAAAUCCUGCUACUAGAGACCAGGAGUGGGUGGAUUCGAUCCGACUCCUUCUACAUGGCUGUUCAGAGACUUUACGGACACCCUCUUCUCCCUAUUCCGCCCCGAAACCGCGCAGAACCGGCCGAUGUCACCGAUGCCGGCACCUCCCACGAACAGCUUGACUUUGCCUUGUCUUACGCUGCGGCUGGCCACUUGCUAGGUUGGAUGCCUGUUGUUCGCAGAGGCUGUGAGGUCGCAACUCAGUUGUUGAGCUGGCAGACCCUGGAGAAGGUGAUUGAGUUUGCUCUUGAGGGGUCUUCUGACAACGGCUCCCACAUGUCUUACAAGUAUGGCGAAGGGUCCAAGGUUCUCCUCAAUGCGGUGGUCACUUUCAUCGUUCAUAAUCUCCCUCCCACAUUCAGUCUCGACACAGGUGCAGGACACCCGGAACAGUAUGCCCGCCUGCCGGAAUGCCCUCCGCCAUCGCCGGCCAGUAAGAAGCGCGGUCCUAUUGUUGCGAAAGGAUCUUCGGUGCACCUUGGAAUGGGCCGCCGUUCUCAGCAGCUGACAGGAAUACAGUUUGGCGACCUAUCUUUGGCGGAGGAAGCCGGCGGAUCGGACUCUGUGACUCCAAAGGCGGCGCAGCAGGCUCAACCCGUUCCACUUGUGGUGUUGUCCCGAGCCCUGAUCAACCUUCCGUUCUUUCAACUAAAGAUGAUUCUAGAAUCUGCAGGCUCUGGAAACGUAAACGGAUGGGCGAACGCAGAGUCGCGUUAUCGCAUCAUUCGGAGUGCCGUGGAAGAGCGAGAAGCGCGACGACAUCGCACUCUUGACGCCGUCCUAAGGGGACGUCUUCAAAGCCCCCUCUCGCUCCGUUCUGCACUGUGCAGCCCUACUCCUCAGGACAUGGGCCCUUGGAGUCCUCUUGGCUGGCAGGAGGAGAUUCUUCCCUACGGUAAUGCUGACGGACCGUCUCUUGGGCGGAAAUGGGUCCCCUUUGUGGAACGUCAGGGAAAUCCGGAAGCUGCCUACCCCUGA